AUGCGCACUGUCCUGCGCGCGACGCACGCCUUUUGCUUCUCUGAUGAUGGACCACAGCUGGCCGUGCGCACGUACUACAGGAUCGUGCUUGCGCCGCUGACGAGGCAGCGCUACUACGGCAACCUUGAAUUUCGCUUCGCGCGCGCGGCAGGCUUCGACGGCGUGGAGAUCCACGGCGCGAACGGGUACCUCAUCGAGCAGUUCCUCAAGGACAGCUCCAACGACCGCACCGACGAGUACGGCGGCAGCCUCGAGAGCCGGUGCCGCUUCGCGCUCGAGGUGGUCGACGCUGUCGUGAAGGAGGUCGGCGGCCACCGGGUCGGCGUCCGCCUCUCGCCCUUCACGGACCUGCUGGAGUGCCACGACUCCGACCCGCACUCCCUCGCGCUCCACAUGGCCACCGAGCUCAACGACCACGGCGUCCUCUACCUGCACAUGAUCGAGCCGAGGAUGGCCAUCGUGGACGGCCGCCGGGUGGUGCCGAAGCGGCUGCUGCCGUACCGGGAGGCGUUCAAGGGGACCUUCAUCGCUAACGGCGGGUACGACCGCGAGGAAGGGGGCAAGGUGGUGACCGAGGGGUACACCGACCUGGUGGCCUUCGGCCGGCUGUUCCUCGCCAACCCGGACUUGCCCAAGAGGUUCGAGGUCGGCGCGGAGCUGAACAAGUACGAUAGGAUGACCUUCUACACCUCCGACCCCGUCGUCGGCUACACCGACUACCCCUUCCUCGGAUGAUCAUCGAUGGAACUUCUUUCUUUCGCGCGAUUAAUUUGUAGUGCGUGUUCGCACUGGAUGUAUGUG